AUGGCAUACAGAGGAGUGUUUAUCCCACAAUGGAUCUUUGCUGCAAUUGCACUUUCUUAUCUUCCUUUCCUUCCGGAGUCUCCAUACUAUUUGAUAUUGAAAGGUAAGGAAGAACAAGCAUUGAAAAGUUUGAAAAAAUUGUAUGGACAAGCUGAUCUCGUUCAAAAUCAAUUUGCAGUGAUGAAAGUCACUGUGGAAGAGUCCAAGCUCGUUUCAAGCAAGUCUGGAACUUACUUGGACUGCUUUAGACUCAAGGAUUUGAAGAGAACAUUUAUCAUUACCUUUUCGUUCUUCAUGCAAUCUAUGAGUGGAGUUUCAUUUGUUGCUGGAUACUCCACAUACUAUUAUCAAUUGGCGGGCUUUUCCACUCAAAGAUCUUACCAGCUCAGUUGUGGAGCCCAGGCAUUGUCAAUUUCUGGGGUAAUUGCCUCGUGGUUUAUCAUUGACAGGUUUGGUCGUCGUCCAUUAAUGUUGUGGGGUACGCUCGCAUUGACUGUUUUGAACUUAAUUGUUGCUUGUACUGGUUUGGAAACACUGAAUCCCACCUCCAUGACAGUGGCUUCCGCCUUCAUUGCAAUGUACAACUUUUUCUACAAUAUUAACAUUGGACCAUUACCAUACAUUUUGGCUUCGGAAAUCUCAUCGGUAUUUCUUAGAGCAAAGACCAUGGCUACUGCUACUACAGUUAACUAUGCCAUGCAAUGUAUGUGGUCGUUUGUGUUGCCUUAUAUGUUCAAUCCUGACCAAGCUAACAUGGGUUCCAAAAUUAAUUUCAUUUUUACAGGGUGCUCAUUGCUUUCGAUUUUUGUGUUCUUCAUUUACUUGCCUGAAACAGCUGGUAGAUCUUUUGAGGAAAUCGAUGAAAUGUACAAGAUGCUGGUUCCUCCUAGAAAGUGGAAGGGAUACAAGACCAGUAUUCAAGAGGAGAGUGAAGAAAUAUAUCAUGAAAUGGAGGAAAAGAAGAAUGUAUCAGAACAUGUUGAAAGGGUAUAA